GCAACGUUUCUGUCUUCAAACUUCCUGUCAUUCUUACGGUGCAAUUUUCAACAAAAUGAGUGAUAGAUACGAUAGAGCAAUUACAGUCUUUUCGCCUGAUGGCCAUUUAUUUCAAGUGGAAUAUGCACAAGAAGCUGUUAAAAAGGGCAGCACUGCGGUUGGUGUUAGAGGCAAAAAUAUAGUUGUUCUAGGAGUAGAGAAAAAAGCUGUUGCAAAACUUCAAGAAGACAGAACAGUUAGGAAAAUUGCACUCUUAGAUGAUCACGUUGCUUUAGCAUUUGCAGGUUUGACAGCUGAUGCUCGCAUUCUUAUAAACAGAGCUAGAAUUGAAUGUCAAAGCCACAGAUUAACAGUUGAAGACCCAGUGACUGUUGAGUACAUAACACAGUAUGUUGCUCAGUUGAAACAGCGUUAUACACAGAGUAAUGGUCGUCGUCCAUUUGGGCUUUCAGCUUUGAUUAUAGGUUUUGAUAUGGAUGGUACUCCUAGAUUAUACCAGACAGACCCAUCUGGUACUUAUCACGAAUGGAAGGCAAAUACAAUAGGCCGCAGUGCCAAAACAGUGAGGGAGUUUUUAGAGAAACAUUACACUGAGGAGUUACAAGCUAAUGAUGAUGAAUGUAUCAAACUGACCCUAAAAGCCUUGUUGGAAGUCGUGCAGUCAGGUGGUAAAAAUAUGGAGGUGGCUGUCAUGAGGAGAGGAAAACCAUUACAGAUGAUGGAGUCUGAUGAGAUAGAAAAAUACAUCACAGAAAUAGAGAAAGAGAGGGAAGAAGAGGCAGAGAAGAAAAAGCAAAAGAAAUAAUUAAAUGAACUGAUGCUAUUUUUUAUUUCAUUUUUAAACUGAUCUGUUUUCAUUUUGUUGCCAUAAAAUUAUGAGCAAAUACAUUGUACAUGUCAUUUAACAGUG